AUGACCGCCGUGGGCCCGACACCCAAUUCUCCCCCCGAGCUCUCCGGGUCGAAAUCCUCGAAAUCCUCCUCCUUUCAUUCCUCCCAGCUGGACGGCCCAGACAGUGCUUUCACGGACAUUUCGAACUUCGAAGAGAUUGGCCUGGAAGAUGAUGCGGACCUGUCCUACAUGGAGUCCGCCGGCUCGUAUGGUCGCGCGGGGGUAAUGGCUCGGUCGCCCGCCGCUCGGGUAUCCAGCAAGGGCCCUACGACCUCGACACGCGAUUUGACCGCUACUCCGAAGCCCAGAAAACGAAGUCCUUUACCUCCGUUGAACGGAGCGAAGCCCCCUCAUUCGUCCGGGUCUCUCAUGGCCAAAUCUGGGAAUCGCAGAGACUCCGGUAGCACGCUGCACUCGCCCGGAUUGACACCCUCCCAGCCUCACCGACCACGGUCCGUCUCACCACUUCGUCCGACCUCCAGUCGCUCCGCCUCGAGCACUAGCUUGGCUUUGUCCCCGCUCUCAGCGCGAGUCCCAGUCGGCAAACAAACCUGGCAGCCUAAUCGAAAGUCACUGAAGGAAUUAGAGGAAGAAUAUCACGACUCGGAUGAUGAGCUACCGGACGACGCGAGUCUGUGGAACAUUCCUAUCUCCCCACGACCAGCGCAAGAACGGGCGCCCUCUCGCUCCGCCAGCCCCAAUGGCCGCAGUCCUGGCCGUCGCCCGCUUCCUUUCCAACACGCAAUCUCGGAUGACAAAGGGGCCAAACCCGAAGACACGGCAAAGGCAUCCCGCAUGAAGAGGAUAAAUCGAUCCAGCUCCGCAGGACCGGAGCGUGGUCAAAUUUCGCCACGCAAUCCCCGCACCUAUUCGUAUAAUAGUUAUUUAACAGAUCUCUCCGAAGAAGCGAAGAUUAUCACCGAGGCUCUGGAGCUACACGCCGAUGAUAGGGACCGCCUGCGCGAGGAAAAUGUGCAAUCUGGUGGUGCACGGAAGUCGAGUGAGGACUCACACCGGGCAUCUCGGGACGCCACUGCUUUGCCGCCUCUUCAAAGAUCUAAUAUCAUGAUCGAUCCGUUACCAAUCAGCAAAGAAAAAGAAAAGGUUCUCACGCGGACCCGCCCUAGCUGGCUUCCGCCCAAAGAUCAGAAGGAGGAAAAGAAGCAUUUGAAGCAAUAUCAGGAAAUGAUGGCCCAGUCUCGGGAGGCGGAGAAACGCAAAGCCGCCCAAGAAGCAUCUGCGCAGUGCGCUAAGGAUAACACCCGGUCAACGCUACAGAAUAUCUGGGAUGAGUACGUGUGCCCACACUGGGACCGUGCCCUCAACGAGCCUCGAAUUCGCGAGCUUUGGUGGCGAGGAAUUCCUCCCCGCAACAGAGGAGAGAUUUGGGGACGAGCCAUUGGCAAUGAGCUAGCUUUGAGCGAGGAAACCUUCACCAAAGCUCUUCAGCGAGCAAAGGAUCUUCGCGGCAAAAAAGACGCCGAGAACGAAACAAACAAACGUUUCCAAGAUUGUUUCGACGCAAUUGAAAACGACGUUCCAAAGGCUUUCUCCGAUCUGAACCUCUUCCAAUCGGGAGGCCCGCUCCAUGAUACUCUCAUCGAUGUUUUGUUGGCAUACUGCAUGUAUCGCAGUGAUGUUGGCUACAUCCACGGUCUUCACACCAUUGCCGCUCUCCUCGUUCUCCAAUUCCCAACCCCUGUCUCCGCAUUCCUCGCCAUGGCAAAUGCUCUCAACCGUCCUUUACCAGUCGCCUUCCUGACCUGGGACCGCGGAGCCAUGGCCCGAUCCUACACAUUGGCCUCUGAUACUUUGCGUUACAAAUCCCCGCGACUCUACACCCACCUCACCCAAACUUUCAACCUCUCCGACGAGGAGCUAUGGGAGCCUAUCUUCCGCUCUCUCCUGACAAACGGCCUGGAUCUCGAACGCCUCUCCCGUGUUUGGGACUGCUGGGUUUUCGAGGGUGAUCGCAUCAUGAUUCGUUCAGCCGUUGCUAUCCUUAGCUGCCUACAAACCCAACUAUUCUCUUUCCAGCAAGGAGAUGAGCAGACGCGUCUGGUGAUACGUGACAUCCUCGGCUGGGGACCCCGACAUGUCGGGGCCAACACCCAAAAACCCAAAGAUCGCCACAGUGCACCUGCCGCAGCAGGCUUUGGGGGAGGCUCGAUCGAGAAUCCCGGCGUGGCUGAUUACUGGGUUCUCACAGCUGCCGGAAACGAAGACGGGUUCAUGAAAGCUGUGCGAGAGGCUGGAAAGGUUCGUCAGCAACGACAAUGA